AUAAAUCUGGCUAAAGAUUUGUCCGAAUAGGUAUGUUAAAAACAGCUUAUUGAUUUUAAUUCUAUACUAUUUAUUAUGUGCAAUUUUACACAUUAUAUCAUGUGUAAUUAAAACUAAAUAAUUAAGUAAUUAAAUCAUUUUUAGUUCUUUUCAUUUUUCAUUAUUUCUAGCAAUUUGAUAAUAAAAUGGACAUUAAGCCAGUAUUAAGGAGAUUUGGCUCUCUGGUCCGAGCCAUUCUCACAUUUCUUUUUGCUCUCCUGGUCAUUGGGGUGAUGUUAUGGGCGUACAUUAAAGGUUUUGAGAUAGUUACAUCUCCAUACAACAUCAUCUCAUUUGGUUUCUAUGGACUGCUGCUAAGCUUCCACGUCCUAAUUCAGAGCCUUUUUGCCUUUGUGGAGCAUCGGCGCAUGCAUGCAAGACGCAAUCCUUGCUCUUUCACAAAAUCCAUUGGCUUUACUAUAUCAGCCUUUCAGGAGGACCCUGCCUAUCUCCGUGAGUGCCUUCUGUCUGUACGGGCUCUGCAGUACCCAACUGAGCUGCUACGCAUUGUCAUGGUGGUGGACGGAAACUCUGAAGAUGACCGCUACAUGAUGGAGAUGUUCCGGGAGGUCUUUGCGGACCAGGACCCUGGCUGUUAUAUAUGGCAAAACAACUACCACUCUUGGAACCCAGAAGGAAAUGAUGGGGUGAUGUUUGAAGACCCCCAGCGCUUAGAGGUUGAAGAACUCAUUAGGACCAAGAAGUGUGUUUGCAUCAUGCAAAAAUGGGGAGGAAAGAGGGAAGUGAUGUAUACAGCAUUCAAGUCACUAGGAUCCUCUGUGGAUUAUAUACAGGUAUGUGACUCGGACACAAAAUUAGACCCUCUGGCCACAGUGGAGCUCUGCAAGGUGCUGGAGAGUAACCAGAAAUACGGUGCCGUGGGAGGCGACGUGAUGAUCCUUAACCUUAAAGACUCUUAUAUCAGCUUCAUGAGCAGCCUGCGCUACUGGAUGGCGUUUAAUAUUGAGAGGUCCUGCCAGUCCUUCUUUGACUGUGUCUCCUGUAUCAGUGGCCCCUUAGGUCUUUAUAGGAAUGACCUCCUCCAGCAGUUUUUGGAAUCCUGGUACAACCAGAAAUUUCUUGGCACCCACUGCACUUUUGGGGAUGACCGCCAUCUCACCAAUCGAAUGCUAAGCAUGGGCUAUGCUACAAAGUAUACUGCCCGUUCUAAGUGCUAUACCGAGACUCCCGCCCAGUUUCUGCGCUGGCUCAAUCAGCAGACGCGUUGGACCAAAUCCUACUUUCGUGAAUGGCUCUACAAUGCUAUGUGGUGGCACAAGCAUAACCUGUGGAUGACCUACGAAUCCAUCGUCUCAGGCAUUUUUCCUUUUUUUGUCACUGGCACCAUUAUCAAGCUCUUCUGGACAGGCACUCUGUGGGACAUUUUGUGGGUUUUGUGCUGCAUCCAGUUGAUUGGUCUGAUAAAGGCAGCCUAUGCCUGCAUCCUACGACAAAACGCAGUGAUGCUUUUCAUGUCCUUAUACUCUGCCCUCUACAUGACCAGCCUCCUGCCCGCCAAAUACUUUGCCAUUAUCACCAUGAAUAAAAGCAGCUGGGGGACAUCGGGUCGUCGUAAGAUGGUGGGGAACUACAUUCCCCUGGCACCCCUUUCAGUGUGGGCAGCCAUCUUGUUGGGAGGCCUAGGGUACACGAUUUACAGGGAAUGCAAUGAGAAGUGGACAACAGAUGGAAAAAAAGAAGAGAUCAAGUUUUUGAUAUUUGGAUCUGCAGCUUAUGUGUGCUACUGGCUUGUAAUGAUCUGCCUCUAUUGGAUGUGGUUUCGGAGAUUAUUACGAAAACGUUCACAGAGUUACACUGUUAAUGUAUAAGACAAUUAUUUGAGCACAUUUUUAUUUAUUUAAGAAAACUUGCACUUUUUCAUGGUCUUCAUGCAACUUUAUUUAUAGAUUAUUUUUAAACUUGCAAUUUAAUUUGUGAUUUUGUGUGUGUGUGUGUGUGUGUGUGUUAGUGUUGCACGUGAUAUAAUGUACAUUAAUACCAUGAAUUUAGAAAUCAGAAAUUAUGUGGAAUCUACUUAUCUUUAUGAAAUACAAUGACUGUAUUAAAUGUGCAGAAAGCAAUAGUAAACAUUUGAUGCUGUAAGGUUUUAAAUUAAACAAAUGUAGCAGUGAACCUCAAUAUUACAGAUGUUAUUUUAAGUAAGAGAAUUGUAACAUAUUACUUUACUUCAUUGAGCUUACUGAAGUGAUAUUGAUUUAUUGUUGAGAUAACUGAGGAAACACUAAGACAUUCUGUUACAACACUUGUUUAGACAUUAUUUAAAGAAUGCUGAUAAAAGAUAUAUGCU